AUGCUGGCGGUGGGGCAGAUGGACGGCAGCCCCCGGCAGAGCGCCUUCCUGCUCGGCAGCCCGCCCCUGGCCGCCCUGCACAGCAUGGCCGAGAUGAAGACCCCGCUGUACCCGGCGUACCCGCUGCCCGCCGGGCCGGCCUCCUCCUCCUCCUCCUCCGCCUCGGCCUCCCCGUCCCCGCCGCUGGGCUCCCCCAACCCGGCCGGCCUCAAGCCGCCGGCCCUGGCCAGCCCCCCGCAGCAGCUCUCGGCCGCCACCCCGCACGGCAUCAACGACAUCCUGAGCCGGCCCUCCGUGCCCCUGGCCGGGGCCGCCCUGGCCUCCGCGUCGCCCUCCGGCUCCUCCUCGUCCCCCGCCGGCCUCCUGGCCGGCCUGCCCCGCUUCAGCAGCCUCAGCCCCCCGCCGCCGCCCCCCGGGCUCUACUUCAGCCCCAGCGCCGCCGCCGUGGCCGUGGGCCGCUACCCCAAGCCCCUGGCCGAGCUGCCCGGCCGGACCCCGAUCUUCUGGCCCGGGGUGAUGCAGAGUCCGCCCUGGAGAGACGCGCGCCUCGCCUGCACCCCCCAUCAAGGUUCAAUUUUGCUGGAUAAAGACGGAAAGAGAAAACAUACAAGACCCACUUUUUCUGGCCAGCAGAUUUUCGCCCUGGAAAAGACUUUUGAGCAGACCAAAUAUUUAGCAGGACCAGAGAGAGCCAGGCUAGCCUAUUCACUGGGGAUGACAGAGAGUCAAGUCAAGGUUUGGUUCCAGAACCGGCGCACCAAGUGGCGGAAGAAGCAUGCGGCCGAGAUGGCCACGGCUAAGAAGAAGCAGGACUCGGAGACCGAGAGGCUGAAGGGGGCCUCGGAGAACGAGGAGGAGGACGAUGACUACAACAAGCCUCUGGACCCUAACUCGGACGACGAGAAAAUCACCCAGCUGCUGAAGAAACACAAGUCGAGCAGCAGCAGCUUGCUCCUGCACACAUCUGAGAACGAGAGUUCCUCUUAAAGGGGUUUCAGAGGAGGGGGCCGGGGCCCAGGCGGACUCGGAGGACACUUGCUAUUUUCUGAGAUGUUGUACAUAUCUAUUUUUCUAGACUUUAUCAGCUGUCGGAGAGGAAAGAGGCAGAAAAAGACGGCGAGUAAACAAACAUCCAAACCCAGCGCCCCCCUGCUCCUCUGGCCUGGCCCUUGGCCGCUGGUGCUGUUGUUGUAGGGUCGCAGGGGGGCUGUCUGAGUGGUCCCUCUUCUUUUGCAGACUCCAGGGCAGCUGAGGGGGAAAGGAGGGACCUACUUCCACCCACACAGCUCCUGCUGGGCGGACUAAAGCAACCUGUUGAAGGCUCUUUGUAAAUAAAUCGUGAGUCACACUGACUAUAGAAGUUACUUUACUGUGAAUAUUUAAAAUGUAAAAUACUUUUUUUUUUUUUAAUAGAAAGGGUUGGGUUGGGUCCUACCCACCACCACCUCCACCCCCUUGUCUGGCUUUUUAAAAAGAUCUGUUCUUUUGAAUAGUGAAUUGUGGAAUAUAAAUGCUGGGAUUAGUUUGUGGUCUCUUCCCCCACCUUCGCUGCUUAUUCUGAACUUUCUCCUGCAGAUCUUGAUUCCCUUCUAAUUUGAACUGAGGCCCUCCAUUAACGGCAUCUAUUAAGAGAUUUGAAACAAACAGUCUACUGAUGUUUUGCCAAGUAUGACGAAGUCUUUGCUGGAACACCCCCUCCCAUUCUGAAAUUGCACCCGCCCUGAAUGCUAUUUAUUAGUAUUUUUUUAAAUACUAUUUUUGGACGGUGGGGGUGGGGCAAAUUUAAAUAGUUUCCUUUAAUUUAACCCAUUUCCAAUAAAAUGCGUGUUAAAAGUAGCUGGUGGGAAUUGUUACAACCACUUUCAGUCGAAAAUAUAAAAAAUCAUUUAGAUGCUGUAAUUGAAUUUAAAGUGUGUUUUCUUUUGUAUUAUAAAGAAUACUAUAGAAUGUAAAUUGUUUUCUUUUUAAAGCUAAUAAUGAUGAUAUAUUAGCAUCUUAACAUUUAUUAAUUAAUUUAUAUUAAAAUAAUUCGGUUUGUAAAGAGAAGAGCCCUUUGCAAGACCAGUUAAAUGUAAUGCACUUUCUGUUAAAAAAAAAAAAAAAAGAUAAAUCAAUUAAAACCAAUUUAAAGACGUUUGUUGCCUCGACUAAAGGGUACAGAUAAUCUGAUCUCAUCAGAGAUUAAAUAAUAAAACUGACGGUACG